AUGCGGUCAGAAUCUCCGCUGCAAUGUGGGGGAAAGAAAACUCGAUUCUCCAGUCUUCAGUUUGUUUUCCCGUGGGACAUCUUUUUGUUCCAGGAUCAAUCAUUGUGUUUAUUUUUGUUUUUGUUUUUGGCAGUGGUCAGAGCGCUGCCAGCGGAAAGGGCCGUACAGAAAGAUGAGCUGGUAACGCGGUGCAUAAUCGAAGCACUUUCCAGUGCUUUUUCAAAGCAAGGCGCUUCUCCAGUGACCUCAGAAUGCAAGGAAAUCCUAAGAAGUGAGAAGCCUGAAACAACAGAAAAGAAAUUUGAGGGAAGAAAUAAUUAUUAUGAAGAUGACAAACACACUGAGGACUCUGGAAAUCCUCACUAUGAAGACAAAGGAAACCAGAGGGCUAUUGAGGAGUACCAGAGGACACAUUAUGAGGAAGACGAACCAAGUGAAGAUGAGAGUGAGGAAAAGCGACAUUACAAGCAAGACCAUGGUGAAGAAAAUACUGAAGUGAAUAACAGUGAGGAAGAUAGUAGAAGUAUAGAAGAUUUCUAUCCAGUAAAAAACAUGUAUCAUGUCGGAAGCCAUGGAGAUCAUCAUUCUACUCAACAACAUGAAGAAAGGAGAUAUGUAGGUAACAUAAGUGAACAAGAUAAUGAAAGAAGAUACAGGAAACACAGCAAGGAAGAUACUACUCAUGAGGGAAAAGGCUCUGAAAAAGCAGACAGUACUGAGAGUAUGAUCAAUUUGUCUCAUCAUAAGCGACAUGAAUUUAGAAGUGAAGAAGACUCUUCUAAGGAGGAUAAGCAAUUUGGCAUUCAUGGACAUUCAAAUGAAAGAAGAUUUGGACAUAUUGACACAGGUGCAAAGGGAUCCAUUGAAGAUCUCAAUAAUGAAGAUAACAGGGAUGGUCAAUAUGAGCACAAGAAAUAUGACUCUGAGGAUUUGGAAGAGAAAAGUAGUGAAGAAGGAGAGAAAUUACAUAAUGAUGCCAUACACUACCAAGUGGGAAAGAACUAUGGUCAUUCAGAUGAGGAUAGGAAUGUCCACAAUGAUAAGGAGGACUUAGAUAUGUCUGAUGAAUCUAGUGAAGAUCUAGAACACAUCAAAAAUAUUCAUGAUUAUCUUAAGAGAAAUAAAAACCAGGUGGAGUUUGAGGAUAAAGCAAACAGGCACUUGAUGAGUAGCUCAGAGGAAUCAAAGGAGGAAAAGCAUCUCAACAAAAAGACAAAGAGUGAAGAAAAAAUGUAUAGUGAAGAGGAAGAAAAGAGACAUCAUACUGACUACAAGAGACACCACAGUGGCGAGGAAGAAGAGAAGUAUGAGAAGAGAUAUUAUAGUGAAGAAAAACUACACAACAGUGAAGAAAAAAUAAAUAAUCCUAAUGAUAAUAAGCAAAGAGAAGAAAGCACAGAAGAAAGAUACCUGAGCAAUGGAAAAGAUAAAGAGGAAGAAAGAAAUACAAUCCAACAGUUUUGGUGGAAAAAAAGGCAUAACUUGGUUGAUAGAAAUCCAGGUAGUGAAGAGGAGAUCAAGCGCAGUGAGCAUAGUCACUUCCAUCCGGAAUACGAAGGACAUGAUGACAUGAAGAGGAGAACAAAUGAUGAUAAAAGACACGAGGAAGACCAAGGCCAGAAUGAGGGAAGUAUUGAAGAAAACCACAUAAAGCAAAACCUUGACAAUGAUUUCAAAAACAGAAGGUUGUAUGACAGAAUGGACAUGCUGGCACACUAUCUGAAGUCUAGGAAGUCAUCCAUGGAAAACCCAAAACUUUAUGAUUCUGAGGAGGAGAAGGGAAAGCAACAUCAUAACGAGGGAAAGGAGAAAAUGAACCACAGAGUACUAACUGAAGAAGAGCAGAAGGAUCUUGAAAAUCUGGCAGCAAUGGACUUGGAAUUGGAGAAAAUAGCAGAGAAGAUGAAUGGCCAUCAAAGAAAUUAAUAGAAUGUUGCUUGCAGUGUCAAUUACUUAUCAAGACACCUCAUGCUAUAUUGAACAUGUUUUUAAAAAAAAACUAAAAAAAAUUAAUUCCAUAUAAUACAUACAAAAAUUCAGCAAAGAGGCUACUUGCAAAGAAUUGAUAAUCUUUUGCUGUCUAUUUGUGACAUAUCUUAAACUGUUGGAUAUAUAUAUUUCUAUUGUGUAUUCCUAUAUUUCUAAACAUCACACAGAUAUAAAGGCAUGAAAAACCGAGUAACAACAUUUUGGUCAUGUUGGAAUUAUUUUCUCAUAAUAGUCAUGAGAAAAUUAUAACUCAAUUUUCAUAUUCUGAUUUCAUGUUGUUAUUGUACUAGUUCAGCUUGCAAUUUGGAUGAAAUAAAAAUCACAGUGUGU